GGCAUGCUGGGUACGUAUGCUCUCUCUUUCCGGCUGGUACGCCAUCAUAUAAGUCAACAUGGGAGCGUAUAGGUAUAUGCAGGAGUUAUGGCGCAAGAAGCAGUCCGAUGUGAUGCGCUUCCUGCUCCGUGUGCGCUGCUGGCAGUACCGUCAGCUGUCCAAUCUCCACCGUGCUCCUAGGCCCACCAGACCUGACAAGGCUCGCAGACUGGGCUACAAGGCUAAGCAGGGUUACGUAAUCUACCGCGUCCGUGUGCGCCGUGGUGGCCGCAAACGCCCCGUGCCCAAGGGUGCCACCUAUGGCAAGCCUGUGCACCACGGCGUCAACCAGAUCAAGUUUGCCCGCAGUUUGCAGUCCGUCGCUGAAGAGCGUGCUGGCCGUCACUGUGGCGCUCUGCGUGUGCUCAACUCGUACUGGGUGGGAGAGGACUCCACAUACAAGUUCUUUGAGGUGAUCCUGGUGGACACCUUCCACAAGGCCAUCAGACGCAACCCCGACACCCAGUGGAUCACAAAGGCCGUGCACAAACACAGGGAGAUGCGCGGCCUCACGUCUGCAGGAAAGAAGAGCCGCGGCCUGGGCAAGGGCCACAAGUUCCACCAGACCAUCGGAGGAUCCCGCCGCGCCGCCUGGAAGAGACGCAACACCCUGCAGCUGCACCGCUACCGCUAAUCCCACUCAUGUACAUUUACUACAAAAUAAAGGCCUUUUAUGGGGA